GCAUGAUGAUAUUGAAUCUAAUGAUCCAGAAGAACUUACUGUGACAACUCGUGUUCACGGAACUCAAAGUAGCUUGGUGACAAUGUAAGUUUAAAAGCGCAGUAGUUCAAGUUGAGUGUAGAAUACAUGCAGGAGUCAUGCUUGAUCGUAAUGUUUGAAAGUGACGUCUCAAUGUUGGAACAUCUUCACUCUUACCCUAAACUUUACCCUACCCUGGCAAUACAGUAUGUUGUCAAUGAACUGAACUGUCAUUUUAUUAGAUUUUCUUUGUGGAAUACCAUGUUGGGUACAUCGUUACUAACCAUGCCGUGGGCAAUAAGUCAGGUAAGUAUUGUUGUGUAGAUUGAAGUGUCAAUAUUAUUCUAAGAAGCAAAGACAAAACGCGAGCAUUCUAUGGAAUCUAUAGGAAUUUAAAUAGUUGAGAGACCAUUCUGUAGUUGUGUUCAGGGACGUCCGAAGCGAGGGGGGCCAGAAGGGGGACCCCACGUUUAUAGUUGGGGGAGGGCUAAAUGUCUUUAGCCCCCAGCCCCCACACACACUUUUUAACAAUGGUCAGUAAUAAACCACAAAGUUGAAUGAUAUUGUUUCAGUUACACGUGUAGACAAAACAAUUUGAGAUAUUUGAUGACAUUUUGUUACCUUAGAACUCUGUAAAUCUCCUUCUAAAGUGCAGGAAAUGGCAUUUCAGAGCUCUAGUUUUAAAAUUUUCCUUGGAGGAGAUGCCCCUGGACCCCCCUAGAAUGUCACCUGCUGUCACCCGCCUUCGGCAGGCGCUGCAGUAAGUGUGCCCCACCCCCACUUUUACAGCCGCUCCGACGCCCCUGGUUGUGUUGCAGUACAGUAUGUAUAACGUCAGACGAUUUUAUUCUUAAUGCAAGGGUACUAACGAAGAAAUAUGCCUCGUUAUUAACAAUUAAACCUUCAGCGAUUACAUUGGCUGAUAACCUUAAAACUAGAUUUAAAACAACUGAUUUGAAAACCCGUGCCCAAUAUAUAGCUUCUAGUAGCUGAUGACAACAAGAGCUGCUGCCGAUUAAUCAAUUAAUCUAACCAACAGAACCGCCGUGUAUAGCAUGGAACCGCUCUUUGCGUUCUUUUCCAAAUGAAACAAAAUACGAGUAUAGAUGGUAUUGUCGAUGUGAUCAAACGACAAACGUAACUUAUUUUUCUAUUUCUCUGCUAGCGCUCCCAUUGGCCGUCAAAUUAAAGCAUGCCCUUUUCUUGGAAGCGACACUGUGAACGUGUCUAGGUUUAUUCAAUACGAUUAAUCGUUUUUAAUCGAUUGUUUAUGAUGAUUAAUCGAUUAUGAUAAUGAACCGAUGGGAGCAGCUCUUUAUUAUUAUUAUUAUUAUUACAACAUCUUUAUACACGGUAACUAAUCAACCAUAUUACCUAUCAGUAUUUACAAAAAUUAUAAAGGUUGUUUUUCAUUAGGCCGUGUUACUAAAUACAAAUUAAAACUCAAAAUACUAUUAUAUAAACUAUUAUAAAAAUAUUAAAAGAUACUAAGAAAUGUUUGGGUCGAAGCGAUACGUUAAAUAUAUAUAUACUACAAAUGAAUUAAGUAGAUUUAAAAUUUUUACUAUUAUAGUUCCAGUCUUUAGCAGCAGCAUAUCCGAAUGUCCUUUUCAUUGAAUUUGUUUUAGGCUUCGACAACAUCAGCAUCUUGUUAUUACUUCUUAAAUUAUAUUUAUCAGAAUUUGAGAUUUUAAACAUAGUUGAAACGUUUUCAGGACAUUGGUUUGAAAGGGCUUUGGCCACAUAUGCUAAUUUUUGCUCCUUUCUUCUCUCUUCGAGUGUUCUCCAAUUUAAUUUCUUUAAAAUAUCCGUGGAGCGAAUUUCAUAGGUAUCACCUGUGAUUACUCUAGCUGCACGGUUUUGUAGUCUCUGUAGCUUUUCUUUUGAACCUUCGCCACAGUUUCCCCAAACCAUGGAGCAGUAAUCAAAACUCGGUUGCACUAAAGCCUGAUAAAUAUAUUUAAGAGUUUCAAGAGAGACAAAUGGCUUUGCACGGCGCAGCAUACCAAUGCCCUUCGAUACCUUUUUACUGAUGUUGUCGAUUUGCUCAUUCCAACAUAGAUUGUCAUCAAUCAGUACACCUAAAGUCUUUUUGGAAUAAACCUGUUUCAAUAGUUUCCCCCCGCAUGAUACGCUGGUAUUUUUUUGAAUUUUAGCUAGUCUUUGACGGGUUCCAAUGAUCAUGUAUUCUGUUUUUUCAAUGUUUAAAGUUAGCUUGAUGCUAUCUGAACAUACUGUAAGAUUUGUAUUAUCUGCAUACAUUGCCGGACAGGAUUUAUCCAAGCAAUUUGGCAGGUCAUUGACGUAUAAUAAAAACAAAAGGGGACCAAGGUUCGAUCCCUGGGGAACCCCACAACGUAUUUUCCUGGUGGACGAUGUUGCACUGUUCACCCUGCAGUAUUGCGUUCUGUUAUGCAAAUAAGAUUUAAACCAAUCUAAGGCCUUAUUUUGGAUUCCAUAGAUAGAUAAUUUACUUAGGAGAAUUCCGUGAUCAACCGUAUCAAAUGCUUUACAUAAGUCCAGAAAAAGUACUAAUGACAACACCAACUCAAAAUAUUUGUCAUUAACAUUCGUUAUCUAGUAAAACCUAAACACCGCCCAACAAAUCGUAGUGAUGUUUGUAAAUGUGCCUUCAAUCAGUAACUGUUGUUGUAAUUGUUCUAUAGGCGGGAUUUGCUUGUGGAAUAAUCUUGAUGAUUUUUAUUGGUGGACUGUCGUUUUACACAACAAAACAAAUUGUAAAUUUUGCCUCACACUAUAGUAAGUUGACAGGAAUGAUAUGUAUAUGUUACAUUAUUCUCUAAACAUCAUCUGCAAUAUCCCAUGCUGCACGUGGGUAUAAACACGUCUUGUUUUAUAAUCUUUAUUGCGCACUAAUUGGCCCGUUUUCGUGUGCGUUAUGUCCGCGCACGAUAGGGUUAGAGAUAGACUUGCUAUACUUCUGAUGUGAGCAAAGGUCAUAAAGAAAUGUAUUCAUGCGCGCAACAUGAGGAUAUCGCCUUCGUGCGCACACGGAAACGAGGUCAUCGAGGAAAGAGUGUAAUACACUGUAAGGUAUAUUGUUAAUGAAACAUUUCAAAAUGUGUCAGACCAUAGAUAAACGAGAGGAAUGGACUGGAAACUGGCGCCAUUGUUUUGCGCAUUGCUAUCCGUGCUACGACAUGUACAAUUUGCAGGCUCAUCUGUAAAAAUUCAAAAUGGCGUAAGCUUUAAACUUUCAAACACUGGCACUACAUGCAAGCAUAACGGAUUUGAACGAAAAUUUGAACGAGAUAAUAACAUCGAAUUAUAAGCGGUAUUUUAGCAUAAAUGUUUUUAGCAAAUACCCUGCAUAUAAAUUUUGCAAAUUUCAAGAUUUGUACUGUAUGUUAUAUUUGGAGCUCGCUUUUCAUUAAUUUUACAAUUCGCUUCUACCUAUACAAUUAAUAAACAUAUACUUUCAAGUAUGCCUAUUAACCCAUUAAACUGGAAUGCGCCCAAAUCCGCCCUACUUCACUAUUUUACUCUGUCUAACACCAGACAAUUUUUCUCGUCAAAGGAAAUGACAUCUCGAUUGUCUAUGGUCAGACACGUUGCCUUUUAUACUCAGUUCUUCAUGCAGUGCACUAUAUAUGUCAAGCCUAUAGCUAGGUACUUCUCAAGUUCUGGUAAAACUUGGUAUAAGUCAUUGGGCGUGAAGAAACCUCUACCUGUAUAUAGGAAAAAUCCUGCUCGUAAUGCGUCGGUUAAUAACAUAAUUUGGCACGUAAUGUGUUUUUAGGUUCAAAGGACAGAGAAACGUUAGAAUUUUCUGACAUUUGUCGAACUUAUCUUGGUCGUUGGGGUGAUUGGGCCGCGUUUGCAUUCUCGCUAUGUGCUAUAUUCGGUGCUUUGAUUGUGUUUUAUGUCCUGAUGUCUAACUUUUUGUAUAAUACUGGAAGAUUUAUACAUGGUGAGUAUGCAAUCCUGUUCAGGCAAUUUCAAAAAAUGUAG